CAAGAAUAGUAUUUCAUAAACAAAUAGGAGAACAGCAAUGGCAUUGAAGAAAAGAACGACACUCAGAUCGAAAUCUGUGAGAAGAGCGGGGAACGGCUCUAGUACGGUAGCUAGCACAGGUUCUGAAAGCCAGAAAAAGGAUAAAAUACUUGAUAAGCUUGCUGAGAAGUCGGUAAAGGCGAAGAAUGAGACUAUUUCACAUUCUUUGAAGAGUAACAGUGUGAUGCCGAAAAUGAACGAUCCGAGCCAAGCAGGGAUAUCGAAGAGUGCAAUCAGAAGAAGGAAGAGAAAACUGAGAGACCAGUUGACACCUAAAUUGACUGAAGAUUUGUUGGAUGCGUUGACGGAGAGCACGAACGCAACAAUCAGCAAAAAGAACGACGGAACGGAAGAGAUUAUUAUUGAGGAGAGGGUUAAGCUUGAUCAUUCCCCAAACCCUUUGAAUAAGAGAGGAGAGAUGGCACUUUUCAAGAUCGAGAACGAGAACUUCAAGCAGGUGCUUAAGAACAAGGAGUUGAGAACCGGAGGGUUAGCUGCGUUGAGAAACUCGAUUUUGUCAAACAUUACAGACGAGUGAUGAGAACGAAGCCUGGGAGGACUCCAAGUAGUGAACUAGUUAGAGUGUAAUAUAACGAUUUAACGAUGUAUAUAAAAUCACAUUAUAGAUAUAUGGGGAAGAGUCAUAUACAGAUAACAUUAGACCGAUAAAUAAAUAAGUAGAUGAAUAAAUAGGAGAAUGGAGAGAGGAG